AUGAGUAGUACCUUAGGCAAAGAAAAAGAAUCUAAAGAGAAGGACCCUAAAGGAGGUCCUGGAGGAAAGGACAGGGAGAAGGAGGGCAAGGCUCUGGCUGCAUUUGUGAAAGACGGCAAAGAGUCAAAGACCAAAGGGAAAGAUGCCAAAGAAGGAAAGAAGGACACCAGCAAUGCACCACCUGGUGUGGCCUUUUCUGUCGACAACACCAUUAAACGGCCCAACCCAGCUCCAGGGGCACGGAAAAAGUCCAGCAACGCGGAGGUGAUCAAAGAACUCAACAAAUGUAGAGAGGAGAAUUCUAUGAGGUUGGAUCUGUCCAAGCGCUCCAUCCAUAUGUUGCCCACCUCCAUCAAAGAGCUAACGCAGUUGGCGGAGCUCUAUCUCUACAGCAACAAACUGCAAAGUCUGCCAGCUGAGGUGGGCUGCCUCUCCUGCCUCGUCACACUGGCCUUGAGCGAGAACUCUCUGACCAGCCUGCCUGAGUCCUUGGACUCUUUAAAGAAGCUGCGCAUGCUGGACCUGCGCCACAACAAGCUACGUGAGAUCCCAGCUGUGGUCUACCGCCUCAGCUCCCUCACUACACUCUACUUGCGAUUCAACCGCAUCACAACCGUUGAGAAAGACAUCCACAACCUGUCUAAACUCACCAUGCUCAGCAUCCGCGAGAACAAGAUCAAGCAGCUGCCGGCCGAGAUAGGAGAGCUGUGCAGCCUGAUCACUCUGGACGUGGCCCAUAAUCAGCUGGAGCACCUCCCCAAAGAGAUUGGGAAUUGUACCCAGAUCACCAACCUGGAUCUGCAGCACAACGAACUGCUAGACCUCCCAGAAACCAUAGGAAAUCUUGCUAGCCUUAAUCGUUUAGGCUUGAGAUAUAAUAGAUUGUCAGCAAUUCCCAGAUCAUUAGCCAGAUGUCGAGAACUGGAGGAGCUGAACCUGGAAAACAAUAAUAUUUCAGUGUUGCCUGAGGGGCUCUUGUCCAGUCUGGUGAAUCUGACCAGCCUGACACUGGCAAGGAACUGCUUCCAGUCCUAUCCUGUGGGUGGGCCCUCUCAGUUCUCCACCAUCUACUCUCUCAAUAUGGAGCACAACCGCAUCAACAAGAUUCCAUUCGGCAUCUUCACAAGGGCUCGAGUGCUGAGCAAACUUAACAUGAAGGACAACCAGCUAACAUCUCUGCCACUGGACUUUGGCACAUGGGUUAGCAUGGUGGAGCUUAACCUGGCCACGAACCAGCUGACCAAGAUCCCAGAGGAUGUAUGCGGGCUGAUGUCGCUGGAGGUCCUAAUACUGUCCAACAAUCUCCUCAAGAAGCUACCACAUGGUAUUGGGAACCUGAGAAAGCUUCGAGAGCUUGAUUUGGAAGAAAAUAAGUUGGAGUCUUUGCCUAAUGAAAUUGCUUAUCUCAAAGAUUUACACAAAUUGGUUUUGACCAAUAACCAGCUGAACACAUUACCCAGGGGCAUUGGGCAUCUCACCAACCUCACCCACCUGGGCUUGGGAGAGAACCUGCUGCAGCAUCUGCCUGAGGAGAUCGGAACACUGGAGAACCUGGAGGAGCUGUACCUCAAUGAUAACCCCAACCUGCACAGUCUGCCGUUUGAGCUAGCCCUGUGCAGCAAGCUGACCAUCAUGAGCAUCGAGAACUGUCCUCUUAGCCACUUACCGCCGCAGAUCGUCGCAGGAGGGCCCUCCUUCAUCAUCCAGUUCCUCAAGAUGCAGGGCCCCUACCGUGCCAUGGUUUGA